AUUCGAACCAGCGACAUCGUCAGUAAGCUGUCCGAGGCAGAGUUAAGCCAUGCCUGAUGAAACUGACACCACCCCAGGGGCGUCUAACGGUGGGAGUGAAGGGGGUUCGGCAUCGUUUGAGCGACCGGCAAGUAGUGGCCUUAAGCAAGCUAAUGGCAUGCCAUCUGUCGAAGCGCCCGAGGGAAUUUCUGAAGCCCCACCGGAUUACUAUGACGUUGCAGUUGUCAACGGAAAAGACAAGAAUGGAGCGGCAGCACCGGUGUCAGCUGAUGCCAUCAUCACCAUGGAAGAAAAGGAUGGAAAGACAAAAGAAGGGGAAGAGGAGGAAAAGAAAAAAGAAGAUGAUGUAAAACCGAUCGGCGUCUUUGAAGUUUGGAAGUUUGCAGACAAGUUGGACAUCUUGUUUAUCAUCCUGAGGACCAUCUCAGCGAUCGGUCUGGGGAUUUCCCUGCCCCUCAUGAUAAUUGUGUUUGGGGACAAAUUUUAG